AUGAGUCUGUAUGACACCCACAUGAUGGAACAAUAUAAGGGAGCGGGUUUUGGGGAGCUCAGUCCUCAUGUGUUUGCUGUUGCAGAUGUUGCAUACAGGGCAAUGAUUAAUGAAGGAAAUGAGAUAGAUUCCUCAGUCAUCAAGGAUGAACAUACCUCUUCCCCAUUCUCCUUGCCACACACUCCAACCUUAUACACCCAUUUUGAGACCGAAAUAUUCUCUUGUUUGAUGAUGGAGUUCUGCCCAAGAGGUGAUUUACUCACACUUAGGCAGAGGCAACCUGGGAAACAUUUUUCUGAGCAAGUUGUAAAGUUCUAUGUAGCAGAGGUUCUUCUUGCUUUUAAAUGCCUUCACAUGCUCGGGAUUGUUUAUCGUGACCUGGAACCAGAGAAUGUCCUUGUGAGGGAAGAUGGGCACAUUAUGCUUUUUGAUUUUGACCUCUCUCUCCGGCACACUGUCAGUCCGACACUGGUCAAGUCCCCUUCUUUUGGCACCAAAUCCUUACGAAAGGAUCCAGUAUAUGGUGUCCGACCUACAUGCAUUGAACCUUCUUAG